CGCUGUGAAGAGAGGAGAAUCAUAGAAGCAUCCGCCAAACAAGGCCUUAGUUAUCAUCCAAUUCUUUGAAAGAACCCUUCUUAUUUUAUAAAUACCUCUCUUUUUCACCUUCCUUUUCAUUCAUCUCAUCUCGUUACCGACAUGUCGUCCCUCGCUUCGUCUCCUCUUCUCACGACGCUUGCCUCAACGACGUUGACAAGUAGCUGCACUGCUUGGCGUUCGCGCAAUAGUCUGUUUGCCAGAAGGGUGUUUCCCAGCAUCCGAAGGGCAAAGGCUGCGAGAGGACUAUACCAACUUCCAACCUACUUCAAAUCAAACAUUUCCUGCUCACUUGCACAACCAGAGACAAUGCAAGUUGUUCAAGAAAUAAUCGCCAAGCAACUCUCUCUGGAACAAAGCCCAGUGAUCCCUCAAACAAAAUUUUCAGAAUUGGGAGCUGAUUCUCUUGACACCGAAUACUCACAGGUUGAGAUCAUGAUGGCUUUGGAAGAGAAGUUCGGAGUGUCGAUCGGAGAAGGCGGAGCCGAGGGCAUCUCAACGGUUCAAGACGCUGCCGAUCUGAUUGAGAAAGUCAAGACAUCCUCUGCAAGUUAAACCAAACUGCAACAUAUCCCAGUAAUUUUGCAUUUGAGUUUGUUAUGUUUUGUUC